UUCAUCAGAAUUCAUCCAUUGCGGAAGUUCAAAUCUGACUAGCACAUAUUGUUUUGUUUUAUCUUGUAUAUAAAUAUUGAUAUUAAUUUUGGAACUUGAGUGUUUUUCCAUGUUUUUUACUCCACAAUCGGUUCUCAAUAACUAGCGCCAUCUUUAUUGUAAUUCUAUUCUAGAUAUCUAUAUAUACAUGUAUCUAAUUUACCAGCCAGAAGCUGUGUGAUAUUCACAUUCACACAUUCGUAAACCGUGAACCGUGAGGAAAUCGUGGGAAUUUCUGGUUAACCUCAACCGGCGAAAAGUCCGAUUAUAAUGUUAAAAUGUACAGUUCAAUUAUGAGGUUAAACCAUGGUAGUUUGAAGCAAGGCUUGAAAAUUUUAUCCACAACUAGGUGUUGCUAUUCACAAACGAUUCAACUGCCAAAAUCAAUAUUAACGCGUGUUCUUUGCAAUCCGCGUAAUGUACUGUGUCUCGAAGCAUCGAAGAAAUAUUUUUCUAUUUUGAGCCCGUUCAAGUCCAAUGUUUGUAUCCGCAAGGAAAAGAUUAUUGAUAAAAACAAGUUACACAACUUGGCUUUAAAAGAAGGAUCGAGAACUAGUUCACUGGACUUAAACACAACAGUGUCGAAUAACGUUCUACUUUACAAAUAUGAAAGACCAAAACUUUUUACGUUUUUGAACUGGUUUUCUCCUUUUCAAUGCGUCUUUUGGGUAUGGAUUUCAUAUUAUUUAUAUACAAUAUCACCAGAACGUACAAACUCGUUAUUUGAGUACUUCAAACAAUACUGGGGAUGGGUGAUCGCCUGCGGUUUAGCUGCUUUCUUAGGUACUACGUCAACAGUGCUGAUAUGGGCUUUUACAAGUAGAUCCAUUAAAUAUAUCAUCUUAAAACCUGGAGGCCAAACAGUUACUAUCCUAACGUAUCGUCCAUGGAAAGGAAACAUUGGAAUAACUUUUCCCCUUAGUGAUAUUACCCCUAAAAUGUCCAGAAAAGAGAUGAUCAAUUAUAUGCCAAUCAAGGUGAAAGGUCGAAGACUCUUCUACAUCAUAGAUAGUGGCGGAGAAUUUGUGAAUCCAAAAUUAUAUGAUUUUACCAUUGGGCUCAAACGAUAUGGUUCGAAGAGACUUGGGGUAGACAAAUAAUUGUAGAGAAGACAAAGAAGGCAGAGAUGCAUACAUUUUAUUUGAUACUGAUGUCAAUAAGCAUGGAAAUAAAAAUUUUUUCUUCAUUUUUCAA